AUGGCAGAUAUGGAUGCUCUGGCUGAGGCUCUGAAUGCCAUCAGUGUGAGCACUGAACUUGUAGAGGAGGAACUGAAGCCUCAUGUGGACAUCCUAUUGAAUGUCUUAUUGGAGAAGAAAAUCGGUGCUGCAGAGCAGAUAGCCUCCAGUGGAAUACUGCCCACGCUGGCCCAGGCUCUGAGACAGAAAGGCUCGCUCACAUCACAGGUGACGCUGUUGGUGGCCGAAAUGGCCAGAGAAGCUGCUGUAAGAGAUAGAUGUAUCCAGGCAGGCCUGGUGACUGCUCUGGUGCCUUUACUGAACAGCCCAGACCAGGAGCUGCUGCUGCACACCGGCCGUGCCAUCGGACGCAUCUGCUUUGACAACACGGUGCAACAAACUCAGUUGGUGAAUUGUGGUGUUAUCCCUAGGCUGGUGGCCAUUAUGCACCAGUACCCAGAGAAUGAUCCACUUGUCAACGUCUGCCUUCUGGCCCUGUGUAAUCUUGCUGAUAUGGACGCAGCAAGAGAAGCUUUGGCAGAAGUGGGGCUGGCAGAUGUUCUGACUUCCCAGCUGAAGCGUGCGCCAGAUGCAGAACGCCGCCAUCUUGUCCUGGAGGUGCUGGGAUCACUGGGGGAGAGCGAUGCAAUGAAGCUCCAGUUUGUAGAGGGCAGGGUGCCUGAAGCUCUCUCUGAAAUGAUUCAAGGAUUGCAGGGCGACUCCGACCCUCAUGACCUAUGUAGUAUAAAAAUAGCAUCCAACCUCAUAGUGACACUGCUACUGGGGGAUGAAUCCAUGCAGAAAUGUUUUGGAGAGGGAACAGGGGGUGUGUACCAGGAUGUUUUGUCCUGGCUACAGUCCUCUAACACCCAACUUCAACUGUCUGGAGCACUGGCAGUUGCCAACUUCGCCAGGAAUGAUAGUAAUUGUAUAAAGAUGAUGGAACUGGGGGUUGUUCCAUAUAUCCUGGAUCUACUGGAGCAUCAUGUAGAUGAGGGAGAUGUUUCAGUGCAGCAUGCAGGCCUUAGUGCACUCCGAAAUCUUGCUAUACCAGCAUCUAAUAAAGUACGUAUGCUGGAGGAUGGAGUGAUUCAGAGGAUCAGGACUCUGCUGCGCUCCGACAUGCCUCCCGUCCAGUUCAAGCUGCUGGGGACUCUGCGUAUGAUGGUGGAUGGCCAAGAUGAGGCAGCUACAGUUUUGGGAAAGGAUGAGAUGUUACUGGCACGGGUUAUUGAGUGGUGUGAAGCAAAAGACCAUGCUGGUGUCAGAGGAGAGGCCAAUCGACUUUUAGCAGCACUUAUCAGACACAGUCGCUCCCCGGAAGUCAUCCAUGCUGUCAUCAAGGCAGAUGGGGUCCAACACCUCAUCUCUAUGGCAACCAGUGAACACGUCAUUAUGCAGAAUGAGGCGCUGGUUGCUCUAGCUAUCGCCUCUGCAAUAGAUAUUGAGGUGGUGGAAGAGCCAUUCAGUCAUGCUGAUCUGCUAUCCACCCUGAAGAAGAUGCUGGACGACCCUGUAGGCGCAGUGGAAGUCAAAUUUAGCACACUCGGGCUCAUCUGCAGUCUGGCCAACUCUAGCACGCUGAAGGAGCAGAUGGACGCUCUGAACCUGAAGGAGAGCCUGUCUAAUCUCUCCAGUCACACCAGCACCAAGCUGGCCUUGCAGGCAGUCACCGUAAUGGGUGUCCUCUCUGAGACUAGCUAG